AUGACACACGGACGUGCGCUCGGUGGCUCAUAGGGGAAGAUGGCGGCUGCUCUUUUGGAGGAGUGGGAUUGAGAGGGGAGGAGGGAGGGGGCCCGACGGGAGAGACAUUCCUGACUGUGAAGACGAACAUAUCGCUCGCCAGUCGUUAGGACCUCUGAUCAGCGCCCGAGGGUGUCAUAGAACGAAAACAUCACCAUGGCUACAGAAAUUGGUUCUCCUCCGCGGUUUUUCCAUAUGCCAAGGUUCCAACACCAGGCACCUCGACAACUGUUCUAUAAGCGACCAGAUUUUGCGCAGCAGCAAGCAAUGCAGCAGCUUACCUUUGAUGGAAAACGAAUGAGAAAAGCAGUAAACCGAAAAACCAUAGACUAUAAUCCAUCUGUAAUUAAGUAUUUGGAGAAUAGAAUAUGGCAAAGAGACCAGAGAGAUAUGCGAGCAAUUCAGCCUGAUGCAGGUUAUUAUAAUGAUCUGGUUCCACCUAUUGGGAUGUUGAAUAAUCCUAUGAAUGCAGUAACAACAAAGUUUGUCCGAACAUCAACAAAUAAAGUAAAAUGUCCAGUAUUUGUUGUCAGGUGGACUCCAGAAGGAAGAAGGUUGGUCACUGGAGCUUCUAGUGGGGAGUUCACCUUGUGGAAUGGACUCACUUUCAAUUUUGAAACAAUAUUACAGGCUCAUGAUAGCCCAGUGAGAGCCAUGACUUGGUCGCAUAAUGACAUGUGGAUGUUGACAGCAGACCACGGAGGAUAUGUGAAAUAUUGGCAGUCGAACAUGAACAACGUCAAGAUGUUCCAGGCACAUAAGGAGGCGAUUAGAGAGGCCAGUUUCUCACCCACGGAUAAUAAAUUUGCUACAUGCUCUGAUGACGGCACUGUUAGAAUCUGGGACUUUCUUCGUUGCCAUGAGGAAAGAAUUCUCCGAGAAUGCCUGCACAGUGCACGUCCCUAAGGAAUGACGUGCCUUUGCAGACAGCGACUUCCGUGUUUGAGGCCUCACGACUGAAGUCCCUGGCGCGUCUUCUGCUGCCAGGGAGGACACAGUAGACGCCUGGGGAACCGCAUGCACUCAACCUCUGUCCCCAGCCCUAGAUGUGAUAAUCUUCCAGUUUUAUCUGGAAAGUAAGUAAUGCCUGAUUUUGUUUGUUUGUUUCAGUAUAUAUGGCUAUUUUUUUGAAAAGCAGAUUUUAUAAUUGACAAAUUAAAAGAUAUUUUCUGUUUUUUUCUUUGGUCCAGAAACUUCUUUUUUAUUAUUUUUAUCCUCAGGUUCUUCAAGACUUAAUAGUUUUUAACUUCUGUGUUAAACAUACAGUUAUGAAUAGAUUAACUUUAAAAUAUUUUUUGACAGAAUCCUCAUUUUAGUGUCUGUAGUAGAUUUGUUUCUAUUAUAGAAACUUGCUUGUUCUAAGUUGGCAGAUUAAUUCUUACGAAAAUAACAUUCAGCUGCGAAGUGAGAGUUUUUCACACAUUUAAAAAGAUCUUUCAGUUUGAAAGUACAUAUUAAAAUCUUCAUUUUCUUCUCAUAGCUAACCUGUUAUCCAGGUUUUUCCAGUAGUUACGGUGAGCACUGUUGUUUUAAAAAAAGCAAGCAAGGGUUAUUUUCUUUCGCCUUUUCCUUAUAUACGUUCAGUUUUAUUAUUGGUGUGCAUUCCCACGGGAUCUUAGGCUUUAAACUGCUCUUGAAUCUGGAUGUGCCCAGACACUUGGAUAUGCCUCCACUUGCAAUGGUUCUUGGUGAACUCCUGCUCAUUCUUCUAAUCAGCUUGGCUAGACUGGCUCCCUCUGUGCCUUCUCAGUAUGACCGGCGGUAAUGCUUUAUCUGAAUUCUUCAACACAUUUUAGCAUGGUUUUGACAUUGAAAGCAACAUGGAAGAAAUCUCACACCGAAAUCAUCCAAAGUGGCCUUCCUUAUGAGUAAUGAAAUGAGUAUUAAUACUCGUGUUUUAGAGUGUUUAAUACCCAUGUUUUAGAGUCAUUUUGUAACCCUAGAAGACUUAGUCUGUUUUUAUUCUGCAGUUAAUAUUGACAAGUAUACCUGCGGUCAGAGACCACCAGAAACAUACCUGUAGUUUAACAAGUUUAUUUAUUACUCUUCACAGCAAAGAGCAUAGACCUUAGGGAAUUUGAGGUGUCUUAGUAAGAGGAUCUUACAAAGGAUAUUAUAGGCUUUGGACUGGGUCAUUGGGACGAGGGUUUAAGGACGUGAGGGCUGUCAUUCUUUUAGCAUAAGAGGGGCGUUUGGUAUUUUGUGGUUUGUGCAGGACCUUAUUUUUGUCUCACCUUAUCAUGAUCUCAGAAUGACUUAACAGAUGUUUAGUGAGAUUGUCCAACAGAACAGAAUGGUUUAGCUGUAAUUGUCAGAUCAGUUUGUAAUGACAUUGAGGCUUAGUUGUGAGCAUCAGAUUAGUUCUCAGAGGAAGUGACUGCUCUGCCCGCCUGCCCCCCGCCCCUGAAAGCUUUUAAGUCCAAGUGGCCUUUGAUUAUGUAGGAACCAGCUGGGGGAGGCCAAGAUUUAAUAGCAGUGACAUAUUGAACAAGCUGCGAUGAUAUUGACAGGGAUAUUUUUAUAAAACAGCAACUGGGAAGCUUGCCAGUUUUCAGCUGGUUAUAAGUAGUUCUAGGUUUCCCCCACUAUCCUAAAGUAGGACACAGCUUAGGAACAGAUGCACAAGAUAAAUCGAGACAAAGCAUGGAUGCCCACGGUUGCAGGGCACAGCUGCCCUGGCUUGAUGCAGAGAUGCUGAGUGUAGUCCUAAGGAGGGAGCUUGACGGCACCACUUGCGUUGCUCAGGGACACCACUCUUCUAUAUUGGCUUUGCUGCAAAACUUGAAUGCUUUUGCCUUUUUUGUAAAAGCAGAAAUCCUCUUUGGAUUUCCUUCUGUCAGCGUUUUUCACACGUUGAGGAUCUGUUUCUAACCCUGUGUUGCACAAGCCCUAUCAUGCCGUUUUCCAACAGCAUCAGUUUUUAAUUAAGGUAUGUACACUGUGUUUUUAGGUACACUGCUCUUAUACACUUAAUAGGCCACAGCGUGUGUGAGCAUAAGCAUUGGGACACCAGAGGUUCGUGUAGUUUGCUUUAUUGUGGUGGUCUAAAAUCAAACCCACAACAUCUCUGAGGUAUGCCUGUACUAAUGUAGGUCUUUCAUAAAAGUGAAGUGGUGUAAAGUGAACUUUUUCUUUUUUUACCUGUAGUGGGUAAAAACAUGUUCUUUUUAAGAAAUAAGAUGAAUAAACUUUUAUUAAUCUCUCUGGGAAUCCUAAGGGUUUACUCUACUAAAUUUAGCAUCUCAGGAUUAGCUUUUUGUACUUCAGGAGUUCUUUCUUUACAUCUGGGAAGAGUCAACUGUCUGUUUUCUGUAUUGUCUGUGUUAAUACAUAGCCAUAUACAUCAAAGGGAUUGUAAAGGUUUUUAAGACUUAAGAACACUGUUUGGAACCUUACAAUUAAUAAUUAAAAUAAUUGUAAAAUUCUUUAUGAACUCUCAAGGCAAAAAUAAAAGGACCGUGUUUUUCAUAACUCCACUCUACUCAUACUCAUUGAAGGUCACUGAAAAGAAAUUUAUAUUUAUUCGUUUAUUCGUUCCUGUUUUCAUGAGCAAUACAAGUGACAGCUGGAGAUUUUUGGUUUAAAAGCAUCUGUUUUAAUAUCUUCAUUUAUAAUCUAAAGUAAGCACUGCAUUUUUUUUUCCUCUUCCAAGUCUUUUUUUAAAUAUAUUUUUUUAUUGAAGGAUAAUUGCUUUACAGAAUUUUAUUGUUUUCUGUUAAACAUCCACAAGAAUCAGCCAUAGGUACACCCAUGUCCUCUCCGUCCUGAACCUUGCUGCCAUCUCCCUCCCCAUACACUUCUAGAUUGUUGCAGAGUCCCUGUUUGAGUUUCCUGUAAGCACUGCAUUAUUAUAGUGCAUAAAAAAGUAGCACUCUAAUUCAUGAGGUAGUUCUUACAGGUUUGUAAUUUUAAAAGUGGUAACUUUUUAAAAUCAGAUAUUUUAAAACAUCUGCUCAUGCAAGUCUAGAGAUAAUCUUUUUAAAAUUUGAAGGUCUUUAGAACAAAAUUUGCCUCCUAGGAAACUGCAGAACAGGCCUUUUCUGUUGUAUUUUACCUUGAACAAUAAACUAAGAGUAUUUGCCUUAACACUGAAUCUUUUUAUUAUUUGAUAACAGCUUAGUAAGUUUUAAUACUGGAAAAGUUAGGUUUGUAACUUUAUUAAAAGUAUAGAGCACAUUUGGAUAGUGUCACAUGAUAGAAUUCAAAAUGUUUAGCUCCAUUACACAAGCAAGACACACUGUAGGUAAACUAGUCUCUUCAUGUGAUAUUACUAGUUCUGCCAUUGGUGUAUAGAAUUUUCCUGUAGAUACAAAGAAUAUAAUCAUAUUUUGUCAUUAAAAUCUUCAUGUUAGCUUUGAAUGUUUAUGAGAAUCCCAAAAACCUUUAAGAAAGAAUUUAGAUUGCAGAACUUUUGACAUCUUGAUACUUUUAGUAGAGCAGUAGUAGCAUUAAAAAUAUGGUUGAUUUGGACCAAACUAAGGAUGAUAACUUUUCAAAAUAAGGUUUUUUCUUAAAGAUCAUUAAACAUAAAAAAAUGUAUUUUUAAAAAGUGUUUAAUUGUGGUUUUAAACACUCUAUAAUGAACUAUUAUUUAGAUUUUAUUUAAUAAGUACAAUAAAUAUUUUUGCAUGGGAAAGAGUAUUUCAGAGUUAUCACAGAUUUCAAGAUUGAUAGGGAACUUACUAUGUACCAUUUGUAAUCUGUGUGUAAGUUACAUGUAGAUGCCAGCAUAUAUCUCCUUAUAAUUUAGGCACAAAGGUUAUGAUAUGUUCUCUUGAUUUAAAGUAACCUUGAUUUAAAGGUUUUAUAAUUUAUCUGGGCAGCAUCCCACUUUCAUGAUCCCCACAAAGUUGACUCUUCUGUUAUUUGCUGUAACCAGUAGAUGUACAUUUAUGUUUUCUUUGUAGCUAUCCACUUACCAGAAGUACCAGAAUAGUACAAGUACACUAUGUCUUUUCAUAGUCAAUGAUGUGUGCAAAUCUUAUUUGUAAUGUCAUUUUUUUCUAUAAAAAAACAGAGGGGUAAAUUCUCUGCUUUGUGUAUUGUUACCUUUAAAAUAUAGGAGAAUAUAGUGUAAUUGCUAUCUCCAGUGGUUAAGGGACAAGGAAGAAGAAAUCAUUAAUGUUACUGAACCUCCUUCUGGCUGUUCCACAGUUCUGGGUACAGUUACAGUUUCUACGUGGGCAGUCUUUGUUUUUCCUCCAGAGUGCCUUAAACAUCACUCACUUGAGAGCCGCAGGUCUGGCUUUGAAUCCCAGCUCCGCUCCUGGGCAAGUCAGUCUCUUCUGGAUGCGCUUCCUCCUCUGUAAAGUGGGGCUGAUGAUACCUACCUCACAGGGUUGUUGUGAGGGUCCCAGAAGUACACAGAGGCACUUCUCAUGUUGUAGGCUUGAAGCAAAUGUUUGUUGCUUAAAUCAUAUAUGUGCUAGGAAAGAUGGGGAAAGCAUGGAGGAUAUAAAGAACGUAACAUUUAAGUUAAUUUGAUUAAGAGGAGGUUGAAAUUGAUUAGGAAAGAUACUAUAAAGGGUUUAUUUAUGAGGCGAUUACUAGAUCAAGAGUUGGGAUGGGUUAUAUAAGAUUAUCCUAUUUUGGUAGUGAUUCUUAGGUUUAGAAGUGUCAUUGAUAAAAUUAAUUGUAUUGUAAGCCAUAUUUAAAUAAAUAACAUUCUACUGAAAUGGAA